AAAGAAUGCACAGAGAAAGGGCAGUAAAUAAUAUUUACAUAUGAGUGCCGACAUGGAGAGAGAAUACAGCGACAAAGGACGGUAAGAGACGCGACGCGGCCAGCAGCACGACGAUGCCCCACGUGACCGUGCCGAGCGGCUUGGGUUUGAUGGCGGGAUACACCCGCAACGACGCUUACUCCGUAAGCGUCUGGCUCUGGGAGAGACCAUCAGUCGCGACGUUCAGCUCCCAUCCUACUCCCCUCUAAAGUUGUCUUACUCUUUCCACUAUAUUUGCUAACGUCUACAGCAUAGACAGUCAGUAUUCGAUAUUCAGCUUUGAUAACCUCAUUCGGAAAUCUCAAAUGGCGGGACCUACGCGGGAACCGACCGCUCUUGCACGUACGCUUCACACCACUCUGAGCAACCACAAGGGACCGGUGCACGUCGCCCGGUACGCCAAAGGCUCCGCGAAGUACAUCCUCACGGGCGGGCAAGACCGCACUGUCCGUCUCUGGAACCCCACUCUCGGGACGGAGAUCAAAGUUUUCGCCGCGCACGGCUACGAGGUGCUCUCCAUCACAGUAGCGCACGACAAUAGCAGGUUCGCUUCGGCUGGAGGGGACCGAUCGGUCUUUCUCUGGGAUGUCUCGACGGGUGCGACCAUUCGAAGGAUAGCGGGGCACAUGGGGAAGAUCAACGCGGUGGAGUUCAACGAUGAUGCAAGUGUGGUAGCUAGUGGCUCGUACGACUCGACAGUGCGCCUCUGGGAUCUUCGCUCGCCUAAUCGCCAGCCUAUACAGAUCCUCGAAGAAGCCAGAGAUGCGAUUCAGGCAUUGUGGGUCGGAAACGGUACUAUUAUGGCUGGUUCAGUCGAUGGGCACGUGCGUACAUACGAUCUUCGCAUGGGCCAAUUGCGAUCAGACUUUAUCGGGCCUCCUGUGACCUCCGUCGUGCCAACCCAAGAUGGCCAAAGCUAUCUCGUUACGACCCUAGACUCCCACGUCCGGCUCAUGGAUGUCGCCACUGGAAAGAUGCUAAACGAUUACAAGGGCCACAAGGUCGAAGGUUAUCGGUGCAGGUCAUGCUUCGGACAUGGCGAGGCCAGUGUGAUCUGCGGAGAUGAGAACGGGAUGGUGUGGGCGUGGGAUCUGCUCGAGGGCGCGCCGCUGCCUCCCAACCCGCCACCCAAAGUCCACGGUGGCGUCGUGUUGUGGGUAGAGCAUCACCCGAUUGAAGACGGAGAAAUGAUUUCCUCGGCGGCCGACGGUACCGUGAAGGUGUGGAGGCAUCCAAGUUCGAGUACGUGAAACGUAUUGCGUUCGGGUGCCUUUGCAGGUACGAGAGUCCGCCUAGCGAGUACCGACGGCAUUCUAACAUUGCUCGUCCUGCCCCUCGCUUUGUCAGUUUCGCCUCAUGUAGAAAAAUUGAUAUAAAAUUUGCGUAAUUCUUCCUGCCUUCCUCCGUCGGGGCCUGCUCUUGCGAUGUUUCAGCGCGCCGAGGUGUUGGAGCGUAUCUUUUUCCAUUCCUUGCGCGAAU